CCUUUUCUUUCACCUCGUCGGUCGGUGGCGGUCGGUGCUGCCUCACCGAACCAAAGGCGCCCUCCCCAAGUUUACGCCUCCGCGAGCACGCAGGCGGCAAACCAACAGCGGAGGGUCGCUCUGCCAGCACGCCACCAGUCACCCCCCACCAACCUCGCCUUUUAUUUCCCGGCCGUCACGGCCUCCCCUGGCCACCAGCUGAGCCCACCACCACCACGCGCCGCGCCACGCCGGCGGCAUGGAGCCGAGGAAGGGCGGCGCGCGCGUGCCCCGGGCGGUGUCCGUCCUGGCGGGGCUGCUGGAGCGCGCAGCCGAGCGCGGCGACGGAGGCGCCGCUCCCGCUCCGUCGUCGUCGCCGCCAUCGGCGUUCCGGGGCAAGGCCCUGCCGGCGAUCCCCGUGCGGCGGUACGCGGAGCGGAUCUACCGGUACGCGGGGUGCAGCCCCGCGUGCUUCGUCGUCGCCUACGUCUACCUCGACCGCCUCGCGCAGCGCCCGCUGGACGGGGAGGAGGAUGAGGAGGCGGGGGCCGCGGUGGUCGGCGUCGACUCGUACAGCGUGCACCGCCUGCUCAUCACCGCCGUCAUGGUCGCCGCCAAGUUCAUGGACGACAUGCACUUCAACAACGCCUACUUCGCGCGGGUGGGGGGCGUGGAGGUGGCGGAGAUGAACGGGCUGGAGCUGGAGCUCCUCUUCGCGCUGCGCUUCCGCCUCAACGUCACGCCCGACACCUUCGCGCGGUACUGCGCCGCGCUCGAGGGCGAGAUGCUCGUGCCGCCGCCGCCGCCGGCUCCCGCCGCCGCCGACGAGGAGGACGAGGCCGAGCGCCGCGACCACCAGGCCGCGCUGCUGCUGAUUAGAAAGGCCAAGGACGGUGCGGCCACUGCCGUUCGCGAUCAGGCCGGGGUCGGGGGCAGGGCCGCCGCCGGCGGAGUGCCCGUCGUCGUCCCGAGAGCGGCCGUGGAGAUGAUCGCCCGAUGACGGCACGAUUCUUUUCAUUUAAUUUAAUUUGUUGGUUCCUGUCCUAGGAGGGCUUCGUUUCCGAUUGAUUUUUUUUUCUUGGUGAGCUGCCACGACAUGCCUUGUGUUCGCUGUUGAUUGGGUUGAGUUCGUGUCGUGGCCGGUCUAGGGCAGUUGUACUCGGUGUCCCGCCGGUGUGUAAACAUGCGAGUGCAAAAGCGAUCGCACGAGAACGGGGGCUUGAUGAGCUCGUGAGUACAGCAUUUUUUUUACAAAAAUUCUGGACUUGGUUAGUA